AAGGCAAUGGUAUAAAAGCAUGGACAGCAUCAUCCCACCACCUUUCCCCAGGCAGAAACAGCAGUGGAGAGUUCUUCACCGAGCCACGGUAAAGAAGACAAAAAGAACAGCAAGAGAAUGAGAGAGAUUGUUCACAUCCAGGCUGGCCAAUGUGGCAACCAGAUCGGUGCCAAGUUUUGGGAGGUCAUUAGUGAUGAGCAUGGAAUUGACCCCAGCGGAAACUAUGUGGGUGACUCAGACUUGCAGGUGGAGAGAAUUAGUGUCUACUACAAUGAAGCAUCUUCUCUUAAAUAUGUACCCAGAGCCAUUUUAGUGGAUCUGGAACCAGGCACAAUGGACAGCGUCCGAUCAGGACCUUUUGGACAUCUUUUCAGACCAGACAAUUUUAUCUUUGGUAUGUAG